AGUUUGGUCUUGUCUGUAUGUAAUAACCUCCCUCCCUCCCUCCCUCCCUCCCAUUCUUCUACUACCAAAAUCAAUCGCACAAAAGGAAAGGAGAAAACAAAAAGAAGAGAGAUUUGGGUGUUUUCUGACUGUGGUUAGAUCAGAUCGAAAGCUGAGGCAGAAGCCUAUUUUACUCCAUAAUUAUCUCUAGAUUAGUUUGGAUUAUAUUAGAUUUUUUCAAUAAAUUAAAAGAAAUAUCCAUCCAUCCUUUUAUCUAUCUAUGGCAUAUAGAAGAAGGCAGCAGCAGGAGGAGGAGGAGACAUCAAGCACAAGCAGCAGAAGCAGAGGCAGGCCAUCUCCAAUCAGGACGACAGCAUCAUCUUCUUCUUUUUCAUUGGACGAAGAGGAUUGGAUUUAUGAAGAUGCUGAUUAUAACAACAACAAUAAUAUUAAUAUUGAGAAUAAGAGUAAUUCCACCUCUCUGGCUACCAAAGCCAUUAGAGCUUCUUCCGCUGCCCACAGAGACUCCUCUCUCUCUUCUGCUUACGCCUUCACUAAUCACCCCUCCCCCUCAUCUAAUCCUUCCAGUUCUAAUUCUUCUUCUACCAAGGAGGAGGAACCGAACAAGGCCUAUUAUCACGAGUACACAUCUAUGAAAACAUUGAAAGAAACGCAGCAGCAGCAGCAAGGGUUUUGGGGUACUCUUGCUAGAAAAGCUAAAUCCAUUCUUGAUGAUGAUUUCAAUACUAGUACCUACAAUGCUGCCACUUCUUCCUCUCCUCAAAAGCAACAAAUGGAUUCAGGUACUGACAGGACUACUACUUGGCAACACCAUGUCCCCGACACCACAACUAAGUCCAAGUACCAGAACCCCUACCCCCCUCGUGAGACCCAUGGGAAGAUGGAUAGUCCUGUAUUACAAAAGGGACUCAACGCGAUCUCAUCUUCCCUGAAUUAUAUUGGUAAUGCUGUCGAGGAAGGUCUGACAAGAGUGGAGAACCGGACUGCAGACAUUAUCCAAGAAACUCGUAAGCAUAUUCAGAAAAAGCCUAAUGGUGCUGCUGCACGGAAUCAGGCAACCUAUAGGAGUAGCAUGUGGCAACAACCUCAAAUGGAGACCAGUCGACAACAACCCCAGAAAGAAACUGACCAAGAACUCCAACUGAAGGCAUCUCGCGACGUUGCAAUGGCAAUGGCUGCCAAGGCAAAGCUUCUUCUUCGAGAGUUGAAAACUGUUAAAGCGGAUUUUGCUUUUGCUAAGGAGCGAUGUGCUCAGCUGGAGGAGGAGAAUAAAAUUCUCAGGGAGAAUCGUGAAAGGGGAGAGAACCUGGAAGAUGAUGAUUUGAUUCGGCUUCAACUUGAAACACUCUUAGCAGAGAAGGCCCGGUUGGCACAUGAGAACUCGGUCUAUGCUCGUGAGAACCGCUUUUUGAGGGAGGUUGUUGAAUAUCACCAGCUUACCAUGCAGGAUGUUGUGUAUUUGGAUGAGGGCACUGAAGAAGUAACUGAAGUUUAUCCCAUCAAGGUUGUCUCCAACACUCCCUCCAUCCCGUCAAUGCCGCCCCCUCCUUUGCAUACUGAGGCUUCCCUUGGUACAAGUCUGCCUGUGGCUCGAGACAUCUUGCCUCAUCCUGUCCCCCCGCCAGGGUCUGUGGAGGUUUCCAAAAGUGCUGCAUCACCAAAUUCAUCUACCUCGACGUCAAUUGCAGCAGAUCCUAGAAAACACUCGAAUCCUACUGUUUGAAUGGCAAUGCUCCAUACUACUCUUUUAUCUUUUUGGACAAAAGUUUGAAAUUGUAACAGCAUGGUUUGUCCUUGAUUCCUUGUUAUUCAUUGUCAGUCUUCCGAUGUUGGCUGAUGCACAUGUAAAUUUGCUAUGAUGUACUUUAAACUUGUUCUUACGUUGGAACUACAGCAUUUCUUCA